AUGUAUUUACCUCUAACUAUUUUUUUACUGGUCUUGGUAACCGAAUCUAUCUUGUUCUUGGGCUAUUCAUACAUUACAUCUCUUACAUACGAUCUUUAUGUGAAAAUCACCAAAGAUGCUCGAGUCGCUAAGCAACAAAAGAUGAAACGAGAUACACUCAAACUAAAGUCUGAACUAGGACAGACUAGCUCUCAAGAUGAAUUUGCUAAAUGGGCAAAAUUACGAAGAAAGUUGGAUAAAUCGGUUGCUGAUCUCGAGAAGAUGAAUGCUGACAUUGCUUAUUCAAAAACUGCCUUUGAGCUCAAAGUAAAGUCUGUGCUUUGGUUUUUGGUGCAUGGAUCGCAAUUAGUGAUGGUGAUGUGGUUCAGAAAGAGUGCUGUAUUUUAUCUUCCUCCCGGCUGGUUUGGUCCUGCUCAACGCAUUUUGUCAUGGCCAUUCGCUCCUGCAGGCUCAGUCAGUGUAGCUAUUUGGUUCGCUGCUUGCAGACGCAUGAUCAAGGCUUUAGCUCUUACUGUAAACGAUUUCGUUUUCGUCCCAGCUGCUGAAAAGAAGAUGGCAACUGCCUAG